AACUGGGCGAUAGACGACCUAUCCAUAACCAGCUUCGAGACGCCUUUACUGCUACUGCAAGCCUCGAACCCGACUCGAGCUGUCGAUUGCUGAAGAGUACCCGAAACACCCCGACAUCGCCUAGAUUCCUACGUCUACCGAACCAAGCAGCCCUUCAGUGCGAUCAACCGCGUUGCGACGGUCUCCGGGUCUCUCUCCCUCGGCUCUUUCCCGUCUAUUAUAGUCACAGGCCUGAGGCAAGGUCGAAAACAUGUCUCGCAACGCACCUAAUCCCUCGGGAUCCCGCAAGAUCUCCUUUAACGUCAGCGAGCAGUACGAUAUCCAGGAUGUGGUCGGCGAAGGCGCUUAUGGCGUCGUCUGUUCCGCGAUACACAAGCCAUCUGGGCAGAAAGUCGCUAUCAAGAAGAUCACCCCUUUCGACCACUCCAUGUUCUGUUUGAGGACUCUCCGCGAGAUGAAACUCUUGAGGUACUUCAACCACGAGAACAUCAUCUCUAUCCUUGACAUCCAGAAGCCACGCGGCUACGACACCUUCAACGAAGUGUACUUGAUUCAGGAACUCAUGGAGACGGACAUGCAUCGCGUUAUCCGGACACAGGAUCUAUCAGACGAUCACUGCCAGUAUUUCAUUUACCAGACCCUGCGAGCUCUGAAAGCUAUGCACUCGGCGAACGUCCUCCAUCGCGACCUGAAACCCUCCAACCUUCUCCUCAAUGCAAACUGUGACUUGAAAGUCUGUGAUUUCGGUCUUGCGCGCUCGGCUGCGUCCCAAGAGGAUAACUCGGGCUUUAUGACUGAAUACGUGGCCACGCGGUGGUAUCGUGCGCCAGAGAUCAUGUUGACCUUCAAGGAAUACACAAAGGCCAUCGAUGUGUGGUCUGUCGGCUGCAUCCUGGCCGAGAUGCUGAGCGGAAAGCCACUCUUCCCUGGAAAGGAUUACCAUCACCAGUUGACGCUUAUUCUUGACGUAUUGGGAACACCAACGAUGGAGGAUUACUACGGCAUCAAGUCGCGGCGCGCGCGUGAAUACAUCCGGUCUCUGCCCUUCAAGAAGAAGGUCCCAUUCCGGACCCUCUUCCCCAAGACGUCCGACCUCGCCCUCGACCUGCUAGAGAAGCUACUCGCCUUCAAUCCUGUGAAGCGCAUCACGGUAGAAGAGGCCCUGAAGCACCCUUACCUGGAGCCGUACCACGACCCGGACGAUGAGCCGACGGCACCGCCCAUCCCCGAGGAGUUCUUCGACUUUGAUAAGCACAAGGACAGCCUAAGCAAGGAACAGUUGAAACAGUUAAUCUACCAGGAGAUUAUGCGAUGAAGUGGGGCAGGGAAAGCACGUGGUCUCAGAAUUGCCAGCGAAAACGAUCGAGCGCAGGACGAUGUCGGCAUAGUUUGCGGGAUCAGUGUUUGACUGAACGAGGGGACGGACGGCCAUAUAGAUCUUGAACGGGUUGGGGCGUGGAUGGCGAAGACUGCGAAAAAAUAACCAGUCGAACAUGACAUAGAUAGUAUUUAGUGAUGCGAAUUACCUUGCCUAUUUACCUCGUUGCGUGGUUUGGGGAGGAUAUGUGAAUUGGCGUGUUCAUCAUCGGUGGUUCAUCUCCUUUCCUUGAUGUAAUACGGCAUUUCUCUGGGUGCGUUUCUGCUUUCUCAAAAAACCCU